UCCAUCACCCCCUCUCCGUCCGUUGUCUUUUUAAUGUAACUUCCGAGUGAUCAGGAGAGCAGGGAGCGUCUGGAAAGCCUGGUCUCUGAUGAAGCAUCUGCUCGCGUGCUUUCCUGUUUGAAGCCGGACACUGAGGACAGAAAGGAUCAGAUUGUGUUUUAUUUUUUCUUUUGGAUAACAUUGCUUCUCUCCGUGGAUGUUGGCUCAGUGUUGUGUGUCUUUAUGUUUCCUCUGUGGAUGUUAUAGUGCAUUAUCUCGCUCUGAAUGAAGCUUUCUUUUUGGAUUUCCGCCGCGCUGAACCUGUUUCUGGGUGACUGCCCUUUCUUUACUUGUGAAGUCGCGCGUUAUAAUUCUAUCGCCGUUAUCUUAUGAGCUCUAUAUGCAUAGUGUGAGGCGUUACUUGUUUUUAAAAUUGUCAAACAAUGCCACAGUUUCUUUGAUAGCGUAGACAUAAUCCAUGCAGACAAAUUGUGUGCAUUAUAUCGCGUAAAAAGAGGAAAGUUGGGCGCGCAAACUUUUGGAGACGAUCGAUAUGGCGAUGGUGGCGUGGAGAAACACCGAGGGUGUCGGGGACGCACAGGGGACCCUCUCCUCCCCGGUAUCCCAGGUUGCCCCUCUGUCUCUGCCCGGGGAGCUGACGGGACACAUGAACCCGCCGCCUUCUCUGGAAAUACCGCCGGCUGCUGCAGCUGCACCUCAGGGCGCACCGCCGCCCAAUCCGUCCAGCAGCACCACCGCGAACACCACCACUAACAACAAUAACAACACCACCUCUUCUUCCUCCUCCUCCUCCUCGUCCAUGGACAAACACCAGAGCCAGCAGAUCGAGUGCAUCGUUUGCGGGGACAAAUCCAGCGGGAAGCACUACGGACAGUUCACAUGUGAGGGAUGUAAGAGCUUCUUCAAACGCAGCGUUAGGAGGAACCUGAGCUACACCUGCAGGGCCAACAGGAACUGUCCCGUGGACCAGCACCACCGCAACCAGUGCCAGUACUGUCGCCUCAAGAAAUGCCUCAAAGUCGGCAUGAGGAGGGAAGCUGUCCAGAGAGGCAGGCUUCCUACGCAGUCUUAUCACGGCCAGUUUGCGCUGACGAACGGAGACCCUCUGCAGUGUCACUCCUACCUGUCAGGUUACAUCUCUCUCCUGCUGAGGGCCGAGCCCUACCCUACCUCCCGAUUCGGCUCCCAGUGUCUGCAAAGCAACAACAUCAUGGGCAUAGAGAACAUCUGUGAGCUUGCGGCCCGGAUGCUCUUCAGUGCCGUGGAGUGGGCCCGCAACAUCCCAUUCUUCCCGGACCUGCAGGUGACGGAUCAGGUGGCCCUGCUUCGCCUCACCUGGAGCGAACUGUUCGUCUUGAAUGCAGCGCAGUGCUCCAUGCCGGUGCACGUCGCCCCGCUGCUAGCCGCAGCAGGCCUGCAUGCCUCCCCGAUGUCCGCGGACAGGGUGGUGGCUUUCAUGGACCACAUCCGGGUCUUCCAGGAGCAGGUGGAGAAGCUGAAGGUGCUGCACGUGGACUCAGCAGAGUACAGCUGCAUUAAAGCGAUCGUGCUGUUCACCACAGAUGCUUGUGGUCUGUCGGACAUAGCCCAUGUGGAGGGUCUGCAGGAGAAAUCCCAGUGUGCUUUAGAGGAAUAUGUGAGGAGCCAGUACCCUAACCAGCCCAACAGGUUCGGGAAGCUGCUGCUCCGCUUGCCUUCCCUCCGCACCGUCUCUUCCUCUGUCAUAGAGCAGCUUUUCUUCGUCCGUCUGGUGGGAAAAACCCCCAUAGAGACUCUGAUAAGGGACAUGCUGCUGUCUGGAAGCAGCUUCAACUGGCCUUACAUGCCCAUUCAGUAGAGGAGGAGGAUGAAGCUACAGCAGUGCUGCUAAGGUCAGGAGAGGGAACCACACCUCAAAUCAUGUAAUUUCAGUGCUGCGUAAAAUCUCUGUUGAUCAAAACAAGAGAACAAAACUGCCAGUGGGAUGAGAUAAUUACAAGCGAUUCUAUCCUAAAAAAUGAUCUCAGCUCGUAGUUUUCUUACAAGACCGCCAUUGUCUUUGUACCAGAGGAAUGAUCUGCCUUAUUCUGCAUGAUGUCUCUAUAGGACCUGUAAUGAAUUAACCCUUUUUGCAGACGAUGAACAUUUGAUAUACUGGCAGAGUUGUUUUCUUGUUCGUAGAGAAACAAUAUUUCCUGACAUGAGAUGACUGCUUAUGACAGACUUCGUUUUGCAGUGUGGUGUCCAUUCGCAGUCUAUGGUUUUUGGGAUAACAAACAAUAUUUAUUGGACCCUGUGUGUAUAUUUAUCUUAUCGUGCUUGUAAAUUAUGUUUUGAUUCCUCUUUUUUAAAUGUUUUACGUAUUUUUGCCCCGGCCGGUGAGAAAACUGCAGGGAUUGUCUCGUGUCCAUCUUUUUUUUGUUUGUUUUGUUUCAUACCUUCCAGACAUGGCACUUUGGACUAAAGGAACAUUUUAGACAGAUUUAACAAAGGUGUAUGACGCCUGACAUCAUCUGACUUUAACCUGUUUGCUAAAUGGUGUAUAGACAGAAUGGUGAGAUUAAUGCUGUGUUACUUUGGAGUCUUAUUCUGUUUGCAUUGUGGACGUACAGAGAGGGAGGAGAGUAAAAGCAAAAUUGUUUAAAAAUGCACUUCUUGUGUGACAGCGAAAAGUAAUGCAUUUCUCCUUUCAUCAUUAACAUCAUUACUUUGACAUCACAAUUACCACAAAUAUUUUUGUUGAUACUUCCUGGCAGAUAUGAUGAUUUGAUCCUGCUUUAGGGCUUCUUCUCUGUCUUUAAAAAGUCAUAUUUUAACUUUGUCUCCAUUUAGUGAGCAGAAACUCCGCACCAUGUUUGUUUCUCAUCAAAUUAGUGAUUUUUUUUUCCUGAUAAAUUCUCUUACUUCUCAUCUUAACUGAGAAACCAUGGUGAAAAAGAUAAAGGGAAAGAGGCUGAAUGUUAGAUAGCUGUGGGCUAAGCUGAUAUUUGUAUUUGUAGGGGAGUUAAAAUUGAAUUGGUAUUUUUUUUGACUGGUACUGGGAGAAGUAAUGACAUUACUUUACAGGAUUAACGAUAAAUGCAUUACCAAACACUUUCCACUGACUGAGAGAGAUUUUGAAGCACUGGGCCUGAUGUAUUCUGUACAGUUUCUUAAUGGGAUAAAUGGACUGUACUCGACUUGCCAGGUCAAGUAACAAAUCUAUUUCUUUUUAAGUCAUGCAUUUAUGAGCCCAGGCCGCCUAAUGGCACAAUAGACCACUGCAGGGUAUUGCUGAACUGAAAGUGUGUGUGUGUAUGUGGAUGUGUGUGUAUGCCUGUGUCUGUGUGAAUGUGUAUUUGUGAUUACUUCUUUUUGACAACCACUCUGAUGUACUGUGAAAGCAUAUUGGUUAACAUAUUGGUACCGUAUUAAAUUAUAACUCAAGAUUUAUAAAUAAAGUGUAUUUGGUUUACUUUGCCAUUUCAA